AUAAAUAUAAUUGGACAUCACCAAAUCAUUUGAGUUACUUUUGUGUUAUACAUCAAAGUUAAAGUAUGAAUCUGUUCAGCAAAUUAAUUGCCUCUCUAUUCCUGGUUGCAAUGUUAUUCGCCGCCUGUGAAUGUAGCCCCCAAUUACCACCAAUUAGUCUGCCGCCAGCUAUUCUGCCGCCAGCUAUUCUACCGCCAGCUAUUCUGCCGCCAGCUCUUCUGCCCCCAGCUAUUCUGCCGCCACUUACUCUGCCGCCAAUUGCUUUGCCUCCUGGAGUCAUUCCUGGGCGUUAAAUACACUUUGCGAGCGGAAAAUGUGGAUAUAUAAACGUUUUCUUCACAUAUAUAUUAAUAUUUUACCCAUACAAAUCUUUCCACUUUGCAUAAAAUGUAGAAAUAUUGAAGGAACUUAGACAACAAUAAAAUUGGGUAAAGUAAAGUAGAA